CCCUGCGCUCUAACACCUCUCUCUCUAGCACUUCUCUCCAAUCUCCCUCUCUGUGCACCUGCUCUGCCAGUCCUCUCCGGCCAUUUGGCUCUGAACCCUCCAAAAGCCUGGCUACUGCACUCAUGCCUCGCUCCUUCCUAGUGGAUUCCCUUAUCCUAAGGGAGACAAACGAGAAGAAGGACGAGAACAGCCCUCCUCUGUUCCCCUAUGCGGUGCACCCCUCUCACCCCUUGCACGGAUUCCAAGCUGGGUCCUGCCACUCCCGCAAAUCCGGACUCCUGUGUGUGUGUCCCAUGUGUGUCACUGCCUCCCACCUGCACCCACCUCCACCUGGCAUCCCUCUGCUCAAAGCUUCAUUCUCCUCCUUUGGCACCCAGUACUGUCCCACCACCCUGGGCAGACAGCACUCAGCCUCUUCUGGCAUCAGCCAUGGACCAGCUCUGUACCAGGCAGCCUACCCACUCCCCGACCCCAGGCAGUUCCACUGCAUCUCUGUCGACAGCUCUGCCAGCCAACUGCCCAGCAGCAAGAGAAUGCGCACAGCCUUCACCAGCACCCAACUCCUGGAACUGGAGCGAGAAUUCGCCUCCAACAUGUACUUGUCGCGACUCAGGCGCAUUGAGAUCGCCACCUACUUGAACCUCUCCGAGAAGCAGGUGAAGAUCUGGUUCCAGAACAGAAGGGUGAAGCACAAGAAGGAAGGCAAGAGCAGCGCCCACAGGGCCAGUCCCCACGGCUGCAAGUGCUCGUCCUUAUCCAGCAAGUGCCUGGAGGAAGAGGAGGAUGAGGACUUGGCGAUGUCUCCCAGCUCCUCGGGGAAGGAGGACAGGGAUCUCUCCCCAAGUCCCUAACUCACAGGACCAUAAAGACUCUCAGACAAUUAGCACUGCCAAUGUAAAUGUGUAUAAUGACCUCUGUACAUAGUGGGGUUAAAAACAAAAACAAAAUACCAAACAGCCACUGGACAAGCAAAUACCCAACAAGCUGUUCCCUGUCACCAGCUAAUUUCAUAUCAUUUCUACUAGGGAACCUCCCUGCUCAUGUUACAUUUUGUUUGGGGGCUAUUCAGCAUUCUUCUGAACUAAAUCUCCCAUGAUCCCCUGCAAGCCUAGCCUUUAGACACUGGGAAUGGCGAGGAGGCAGAUGCAAGUGGGAGAACAGGCUGUCGGGUUCUGAGGAUUGCGGGACAUUUCUUAAUGAAUGUGCAGAAUAUAGAAAUAUUGUAAGAUUCUGGCGAAUCGAAAUUUCGUUUUAUUCUAAAUUUCCGGGGUAUGGGGUAGUUUGUAUUGUUUGUCAAUAUCAGAAAAAUAUAUUUAUUUAUUUAUGUAAAAAAAAUG